AGUCUACACUCGGCGGACUAACCAAACAGUCGCCGUUCCAGCCCGCUCCGCGAUUCUACGAUUCUACUGAUACCCUCUUCCCAUAUUCCCUAUAAAGUGAACCGGGCGAUCCCCAGCGAAAGUCAGACGCGUGCCACCAACCGCGAGUGAAACAUCCACAUCCCUGAGUCCUUUAAGACCCCCCAGGAGAACCUCUAUACGAAAGAUAAAAACCAAACCCUAACCAAAAACCAAGAUGAGCCACCACUGGGGAUACACCGAAGAGAACGGACCCGCCCACUGGGCCAAGGACUACCCACAAGCAUCGGGACAUCGCCAGUCGCCCGUGGACAUCACUCCCUCCAGCGCCAAGAAGGGCAGCGACCUGAAGGUUUCUCCGCUCAAGUGGAAGUAUGUGCCGGAGCACACCAAGAGCCUGGUCAAUCCUGGAUACUGCUGGCGCGUGGAUGUGAACGGCGCUGAGUCCGAGCUGACUGGCGGGCCCCUGGGCAAUCAGAUCUUCAAGCUGGAGCAGUUCCACUGCCACUGGGGCUGCACAGACUCCAAGGGCUCCGAGCACACCGUCGAUGGAGUGUCCUAUGCCGGCGAACUGCACCUGGUGCACUGGAAUACCACCAAGUACAAGUCUUUUGGCGAGGCUGCCGCCGCUCCCGAUGGCCUGGCCGUUCUGGGUGUGUUCCUGCAGGCUGGCAAUCACCACGCCGAGCUGGACAAGGUCAGCAGCCUGCUGCAGUUCGUCCUGCACAAGGGCGACCGCGUCACCCUGCCCCAGGGCUGUGAUCCCGGCCAGCUGCUGCCCGAUGUGCACACCUAUUGGACCUACGAGGGCUCCCUGACCACGCCGCCCUGCUCCGAGUCGGUCAUCUGGAUCGUGUUCAAGACGCCCAUCGAGGUGUCCGACGACCAGCUAAACGCCAUGCGCAAUCUCAACGCUUACGACGUGAAGGAGGAGUGCCCCUGCAAUGAGUUUAACGGCAAGGUCAUCAACAACUUCCGUCCUCCACUGCCGCUGGGCAAGCGUGAGCUCCGUGAGAUUGGAGGCCACUAAGUCCCGCAGGAAUCUGGUCGCCGCUCCUUGGAUAGUCAACGGAUUCGAGUCGUAUAAUUAGCUUUUCGCACCCACACAUCACAUCCGUACGCCUCGAGCUGGACCGGCACAUCCCACUGUUCAAUUCUCGUCUUUAGUUCGUACUCCCAGCAAGCAUACCUCCUAUAUGUGCAUCCGUAUCCGUAUUCGCAUCAGUGGAUGUGUAGCUGUAACCUUAAUUGUAAAUGUACGCCUGUUCGUUUGUUUGUUCGUUAAACGUUUGCAAAAUGACAAUUAGAUUAAUGUUAUUAUGGUAUUAUAAACUAAAUAUAACACGCUUAGAUGUUGCAUAUGAUGAA